ACAGCUGAAGAUAAGGCCCAAGACAAGCCAGUUCCCAUCUUUUCCUACUCUCGCUCAGCUAAUAGAAAUCUGCAGUUCCCAGAGGCUUAUGAUUAUUUCUUCGCAUCAUCAUCAUCGGAUGAUUCUUCCGUGGAAUCUGAUGAUGAAGAUACAUGCAGCCCCGUGAGGGUGGUGUCCCGGUUCAGCCACGAGUCAAGGCCGAUUUCUACGGACAUAUAUGAGAAUUUUUUCACAGAUAAUGACCUGAGACAGAAUUUCUUCUGGAAAACAACACUGUCCUUCAGGAACAUUAAUUUUACAGCAUCUACAGUCCAGAAGCCAAGGUCAACCUCUCUGUCUCCUGUACCUGUAAAGCCAAGUGGCAGAUCCCUUCAGAGGACUGUUUCUCCACUUAAUGUACUUGGAAAUCAAGAUGUGAUGUUUCCAGACCCGCUGCUUUACCACUUGGAAGAAAGAAUCUCCAGACAACUAACACAGCAGCCUUUCACAUAUGAAGACUUACAGACGACUGUUUCAAAUCCAAGGUUGGAUGCCUCGCUGCUGCCCCUUAAACAGUCAGAUAUGUGUCUGGUUUGUAUUGCAUUUGCGUCAUGGGUGCUGAAGACUGCAAACCCACAAGUUGGAGAUGCCUGGAAGGCUGUUCUGCUCGCGAAUGUAAGCGCUCUGUCAGCCAUCCGAUACCUGCGUAAGUACGUCAAAGUGAAGGCAGCGGCCAGUGAGACGAAACUGCACCAAGCUGCACUUUCUAAUUCUUGAUCCGAUUCCUUCUGGCUCUGAAUACGUCAUGAUUGGAAUGAUUCAAUUUUCCACGAAGACCUGAAAUGAGCCGUUGCAGGACAUGAGUGCUUCAUGGAAUUUUGAUGUGUUGUUACAUGUUGGCACUCUUAAGCUUUAUUCAUCCUAAUAACAGUUGUUUGACUUCUUGUUCAUGAGCAAGGACCAUAUCAUCAGUCAGAUGUGCAUGAUUGUUUUUAAGUGAGAAGUAAGAUAAGCGGUUGCAGUGUGGAAAGGUUUCCUUAGAAAUCAGUGGCAGACCCCCACCUUAAAGAAACAGGAGAGAGGCAGAAGAAGAAAAAGGAUGUAGGGUGGGGCAUGGCAAGAACAAACAGGUGUGCAGGAUAGGUAGGCUUUUUUGGGCAUAAGGCAAGAAGGGCAGAGUUUGAGGUGUGGUGCUGCUCCUGAACUUCAGAUAAACAUUUUUACCUCCAUUUCAAUUAUUUUACUUUGACCCCUUAACAUCUGAAAGCAUUCAUAUAAUAUAUAAAAUGACCAAAGGCAAGAUGAGACAUGUUUAUUUAUGUGAAAGAAGACUUUAGAUAUCUGUAAAUAAUGUUCCAGUAUGUGCUUGAGGGAGAUUAGAGGCAGGUUUACUCAGAGCUGUACAGACUUGAGAUGAUAGAUGGGUGUGUGAUAAAUGGAAUAACUUGAGGCAAUGGCAGAAUGUAGGACUGUGCUUGAUGAGCUUGUUUGUUUCCAUUAUGUUAAUUUUUUAUUGCAGAUUCUUAAAUCCAAAGUUUCUUUCUAGCAAUUAUUUCACAAAUGUAUUGCACAGGUGCAAUAUUUAGCAUUGCAAUUCAACAACACUCCCUUAAAAACAUAUCAUAUAUUUCGGGGACAGUAUUCUGUGCCAGUAUCCGUGCAGGGCAUUUUAUUUUCAUAUAGAUCAUUUAUAGAUGACUGUUCAUUAUUGUCGUGUAGGUUGCACAGAGAUGUUUGUGUCUCUCAGAUUAACUACAGUAAACUGUGUCUGUGA